GGCAACCUAGGUCCUGUAGUGACUCAGGCAUGUAAUAUUUUUCUUUUAACCUACCUGGUAUACCAAAGAGUAUGGAGAUACUGACAUGUCUUUCUACCCUAACAAUGGAAGUCGUCGUUCACGAAGCAGCACGGUCUGUCUAGCUCCUGCCUAUCCUUUCUUUGAUUUGGUGGAUACAGCUCAUUAUUGUAAUCUAUUUCUUAAUAUUCGAUGUGGUUUGUUGACAUCAACGGCCAGUAUUAAAUGGAGAGAGAUGCUAUGCUACUAGCCUCAUGACAUGAAUAUGCAUGAUAAAAAAAUGUCAUUAUUAUGAAACUUCUUGCUUGGUAGGCAAAACAAUGAAAAACCAACUCCUGCUAGAGAGAGACAGAUUUUCCUCCGAGUUCGGCCUCUCUUCCUCUUCGGAUAUACUACGAAUGAAGCUGGAUCUACUCAUGGUUUUCUAAAGCUAGCCAGGGCUGUAAUCAUUACGCUGUUUCUGUUUUGAAAACGGAAAACUCAAGACUUUCUAUUGGACAAAUUCAGCCCAACUCAGCUACUCCUAUGGUAAAAGUAUGGUGUUGAGAUGAAGAUUACUGGGAAGAUCCUCACUCACUUUCAGUCGUGCAGCUCACCCGUCGACAAAGAAGGAUACCUGUAUAAAAAGGGUGAGAGAAACACUUCCUAUCAGAAGCGCUGGUUCAUGCUGAAGGCAAACCUGCUCUUCUACAAGGACCGGGCCAACCACCGCGACCUGCUUGGCGUCAUUGUUUUGGAGGGCUGCUCAGUGCAGCUGUGCGAGUCUGAAGAGCAGUUUGCCUUUUCGCUGGUGUGGAGCGGUGAACCGGGCCUGCGCACCUACAAGCUAGCCGCAGAGGACCAGCCCAGCCAGGAGAGCUGGAUCAGGGCCCUGCUGUCGGCCAACCACGGCUACCUGGCCGCGCUGGUCAUGGAUCUGGAGAAACAGUACAAAGAGGCCAUGAAAGCAUUUCCUGAUGACCCAUCCCAGCAGUCUACACUGGCUGGCCCAAACACAGAGAGGCCAACUCAGUCGCUGAUUUGGCUGAACUCUGGGACCGCCACCCUUUCACAGUACCUAGGGCCAGGUGUGGGAGCCGGGCAUAGCUUUAGCACAAAUCAAAUGCUACAAAUUCCUCCCAUUUCCUCUAAACCAACCAAUAAGAGGUCUCCAAAACUCUGGCCCAAGAGAAAUGCAAAUGUUGUGCCUAUUAAUGUCCCAGCCUCACCCCAAGGGGAGUGGUCAGUGACUGGGUCAGGACCCAAGGUGGAAUUUAGCGAACUGCAUGAAGACUUUGGCAAGGAGGUGAAGGAGCUGAUUGCUGAUUGGUUGAGAAGGGGACAGAAAGACGUAAUUCAGGAAGAAGACUUAAUUGAUUUUGGUUGAUUCAGCAUGGUAUGUCACUAUAAGCUUGUAAACAAUCCAUACCAAAGGAGUCUGUACCAAUUGCAAUAAUGGAUGCCAACAUCAAUGAAUAUUUGUGAAUGUAAGAAAAUAUAUAAUGAUUAUUUUAAAAUAAAUAUUUUUUAGACAGUU